AACGACGAGCUGAGCGUCGGGUUCAGAAGGAAGCGUGGCAGUUUUUCAAGAUGGCUGUGCAGAGCUGGCUGGAGUCGUUGAAAGCCUCUAAUAAAACUGCCCUAAUACAAGAUGGGAAAAGGAAGAUACACUAUUUAUUUCUGGAUGGUAAAGAAAUGGCUGAGGAAUAUGACUUGAAGACAGAUGAACUAACUGUUCGAAAAUGGCCUGUGAAGAAUGCCCUUGGAGUGCUGGGUCAGUGGCAGAUUGAGGUGGGGGAGCCUGCACCUUCCACUGUGGGAGCUCUGGAGCCACAGCUUUUAAAGGAAAACAGUUCCAAUCCUGCUUUUAUGCGGAAAGAUACCAAGAGCAGUUUCCAGUGGAGAAUCCGGAACCUUCCCUACCCCAAGGACGUCUACAACCUGUCAGUGGAGCAGGCUGAGCGCUGCUGCAUCGUGCGAACCACGAACAAUAAGUAUUUCAAGAAGUUCUCCAUUCCAGACAUGGACAGGUGCCAGUUGGCACUGGAGAGCUCUGCCCUCAGCUUUGCACAUGCCAACAACACUUUGAUCAUUAGUUAUCAGAAACCCAGAGAUCCUGAGCCUGGAACAGGAGGUGCUGAGAGAGGUGAAGAAGAUGAAGGGCUCUAGUGAUGGAGAAGUGGAUUGCAAAACCCAGUGAGACAGCUGAAUCGCCUUGUUCCAUCCAUGUACGCUUGCGAAGGGUCUGGCUCAAAAGCAUGCUACUUGUUGCCAAUACAUCUUUUAAACUGUUUUUCUGUUGAACAGUUUGAGUUUCACCAGGAAGCAGCGCAGAUGAAACAAACACCUGAAAACAUACAGUUCUGCGUUGAAAAGUCACUGUGUAGUGACUGAUGUUUGUCUUUAUAUUUCUAAUAAUUAUUUCUACAUCUGUUUAAAAGCAGCAGUGGUUUAUUUUCUGUUGCUCCUCGCUGUAUAAUAUAUAGCUGUUUUGAAAAAUGAAUACCUAAAUAAUUAAAAUAAGU